AUGGAGGUGGGGACGUGGGCGGUGGUGGCGGCGGCGGUGGCGGUGACCGCGUACACGGCGUGGUUUUGGCGGCUGUCGCGGGUCCUCAGCGGGCCGCGGGUGUGGCCGGUGCUCGGCAGCCUGCCGGGGCUGGUGCAGCACGCCGAGGACAUGCACGAGUGGAUCGCGGCCAACCUGCGCAGCGCGGGCGGCACAUACCAGACGUGCAUCUUCGCGGUGCCUGGGGUGGCCCGCCGCGGUGGGCUGGUCACCGUCACGUCUGACCCGCGCAACCUGGAGCACGUCCUCAAGACCCGCUUCGACAACUACCCCAAGGGCCCCUUCUGGCACGCCGUCUUCCGGGAUCUGCUCGGCGACGGCAUCUUCCACUCCGACGGCGAGACGUGGGUCACGCAGCGCAAGACGGCCGCGCUCGAGUUCACCACGCGCACUCUCCGGACGGCCAUAUCCCGGUGGGUGUCCCGCUCCAUCCACCUCAGGCUGCUGCCCAUCCUGGAUGAGGCGGCUGCGGGCAAGGCGCACGUCGACCUCCAAGACCUCCUCCUCCGCCUCACCUUCGACAACAUCUGCGGCCUGGCGUUCGGCAAGGACCCCGAAACGCUCGCGCCGGGCCUGCCGGAGAACGCGUUCGCCUCCGCGUUCGACCGCGCCACGGAGGCGACGCUGAACCGGUUCGUCUUCCCCGAGUGCCUGUGGCGGUGCAAGAAGUGGCUGGGCCUCGGCAUGGAGACCACGCUUGCCCGCAGCGUCGCGCACGUCGACCAGUACCUCGCCGCCGUCAUCAAGGCUCGCAAGCUCGAGCUCGCGGGCAACGGCAAGUGCGACACGGUGGCCACCCACGAUGACCUGCUCUCCCGGUUCAUGCGCAAGGGCUCCUACUCGGACGAGUCGCUCCAGCACGUGGCGCUCAACUUCAUCCUCGCCGGCCGCGACACCUCCUCCGUGGUGCUUUCCUGGUUCUUCUGGCUCGUGUCCACCCACCCCGCCGUGGAGGACAAGAUCGUGCGCGAGCUCAGUGCCGUGCUCGCCGUGUCCCGCUGCGCCCACGGCCCGGCAUUAUGGCUGGCGGCGCCCUUCACAUUCGAGGAGCUCGACCGCCUGGUCUACCUCAAGGCGGCGCUCUCGGAGACCCUGCGCCUGUACCCCUCCGUCCCCGAGGACUCCAAGCACGUCGUCGCGGACGACUACCUCCCGGACGGCACGUUCGUCCCGGCCGGGUCGCCGGUGACGUACUCCAUAUAUUCGGCGGGGCGCAUGAAGACGGUGUGGGGGGAUGACUACCUCGAGUUCCGGCCGGAGCGGUGGCUGUCCGCCGACGGCACGAAGUUCGAGCCGCACGACUCGUACAGGUUCGUGGCGUUCAACGCCGGACCGAGGAUCUGCCUGGGCAAGGACCUGGCCUACCUGCAGAUGAAGAACAUCGCCGGCAGCGUGCUCCUCCGUCACCGCCUGGCCGUCGAGCCGGGCCACCGCGUCGAGCAGAAGAUGUCGCUCACGCUCUUCAUGAAACACGGGCUCCGGAUGAAGGUGCACCUACGCGACCUGGCGCCGGUCAUCGACGAGCUCCGCGGCGCGGACGCAGCAGCAAGGCCCGCCACGGUGCCUUGCGCGUAG